AUGCCUCGUCAACGCCGCGGUGCCGCCCCUACGCCUGCGCGUAGCGCUCCCACCCGUCCUACGGCCGCUCCUGCCCGGCCCGCAGCUGCUCCUUCGCAGCAACAGUCGCAGCCUCACUCCACCGCCGCCCACCCUCAACAACAGCAGCAGGCACCUCCCAUGCCUCAGCAGAGCGCUGGCCCUGGUCUGUUCGGCCAGAUGGCCUCGACCGCAGCUGGUGUUGCUGUCGGCUCCUCCAUUGGCCACGCCAUCGGUGGCUUCUUCGGUGGUGGCUCCAGCGCCCCCGCUGAAGCCCAGCAGGCUGCUCCUGUCCAGUCCCAGGCCAUGGACUCCGGCCUCUACCAGAGCAACGCUUCUGAGACUUCUUACGAGAACCCUGCCUGCCAGGUCGAUGUUCGCAACUUCCGCAACUGCAUGGAUGAGAACCAGGGCAACAUGAGCAUUUGCGGCUGGUACCUUGACCAGCUUAAGGCUUGCCAGGCUGCCGCUAAACCCUACUAA